UUUAAAGACGAACCAAGUACAACAGUGACCAGACGGGUAGUUUUUUUUUCAUUUUAAAUUCCAACUCUUUAUUAUUCUCUCUUUGUUAUUGUCGUUGUAGCCACCUUCUCUUCCAAUGCUAGAAGAUUUUACUGGAAGAGCCAAAACAUCCGAGAGGCUAAUCUAAGGGGCGGGCGGAAGUUGAGCAACAAUAAUGACAACUCGCUGGAGGGAUGAACGAUUCUCAGCACGUGGAAGUGAAAAUAAGACACGCCGCUCUCAAAUCAUGCUCCUGGUGGACCCCGGUCUGUACAUCGGCGCUGCGGCUGAUCUCAACGACAGGCAGGCACUGGCCGAUGCCGCUGUCACUCAUAUCCUGUCGGUGGACUCCGUUGACCCCUCCCCUCUGCCUCCCGCCGAUGAUGCCUUCCGCAGGAAGUGGGUCAACGUUUUGGACGAGGUGACCUCUGACCUCCUGUCUCACAUGGAUGACUGCUACCUGUUCAUUCAUGAGGCUGUGGGUGGAGGUGGGACUGUAAUCGUUCACUGUCAGGCUGGUCGAAGUCGCAGUGCCACCAUUGUGACUGCUUAUCUAAUGAAGAGAUACCGACUGGGCUUCAGUGAGGCUUACCAUAGACUGAAGAGUGUCAAACAGGAUGUACAGGUCAACAGUGGUUUUGAGGGGCAGUUGUGUCUUUAUGAGGCCAUGCACUGUGAAGUUGACACCUCCAAUCCUGUGUACAAACAAUACAGACUGAGCAAGAUCACUGAGAAGUACCCUGAGAUGCAGCAGGUUCCCAGGGAGCUGUUUGCCGUCGACCCUGCUUAUUCCAGCUCCUCUGAAGUGUCCUAUCGCUGCAGGAAAUGCAGACGAACUGUGUUCCGUGGAUCCAGUAUUCUCAGUCACCCAGUAGGAGGAGGAGCAUCAGCCUUUGGUCACAAGAAGUCCAGGAACCUCACUGGAGACGUCCAGUGCACAUCUUACUUCAUUGAACCAGUGCUGUGGAUGGAACAAGCUUUACUUGGGGUGAUGGAUGGACAGCUGCUGUGUCCCAAGUGUAGCUCGAAGCUGGGCUCUUUCAGCUGGUGCGGGGAUCAGUGUUCGUGCGGUCGCUGGGUCACCCCCGCCUUCCAGCUGCACCGCAAUCGAGUGGACGAGAUCCGACAACUGAGCAUGCAGAAACAAGACCAGGUCCCAACACCUCAAACCCCAACACCUCAAACAGCCCAGUGAAAGUGUGAGGACCGGAAAAUGUCCUCACUGCUAAUCGUGUAUACAAAAACUCAAAUUACAUGCAUACAAACAAAUGCAUGCAAGCUCUGUGGGCAGAAAAUGAAAGUAAUCUUGUACAUCAACUAUUCCAGUCUGGAAUGAAUGUUUAAAGAAUUUAUCAACUUAAAGAAGAACAAAAAGGUAAUUUUAUACUGCAGCUAAUUUUCAAGGGCAAACGCUUUCUAUAACCUAACCUUUUUUAAUGUGUUUGUAUGACGUGACUGUUUGGCAGCACAUAUUUGUAAAUAAAAACGAACUGUAAAUAUCAACAGAAAAAUCUGCAUUGAUCUGAUUCUGUUACUGAAUAAAUGAAUCUGCAAGUGAUAA